CCUGUUCAAUGCGACACGGCGCCGUGACGUCACUUCUGGUCCGGCCACAUGACACUGACGCGGGAUUCUGAAUCUGUAGUCAGUAGUAGGUCAGGUAAUAUACAGAGGAUUAGUGACCAGGUGGACAAGAAGCAGUCAGUCAAUCUGUCUCUUUCCUGUUGUGGUGAUAUCCCAGAAGAUGUGCUCCUUGGAGUUGUUCCCCCCGCCACUCCCCCGUGGGGAUGUAACGCUGUAUGAGUACAACAACACGAUGAUGCCCUGGCUGGCUGAUGACAGCCCACCACCCUCCUUCCACACUGCGAUGGUGAAUGUGCCAGAACUGAUGAUUCCUCUGGAUGCAGUGAAGGCUCCUGGCCGGAUGGAGUUGAGCAGUAAAGCAGCAUUUAUUCAUCACAGGGAAGCGGUCUGGAAGCGAUGCUUAAAUGCAUGGCACCAAAUGGGGCUAUCCGGGCUACUUGAGGAGAUGUCAAACUCUGAGGAAGAGGUUCCUCCCAUGUUGUGUCGCGUGUCCUGCUUUUCCCUUGCAGUUUGGCGCUGGGUGUCCUCUCUCCAUGGCUCGCUCUUCCCACACCUAUCAAUGAAAAAUGAGGAUCUCACAGCAGAGUUCUCUCAGGCUUGUGACUGGUCCCAUUGUUCACUGCGAGCCUUUGCUUGGCACCCACAUACCAGCAAAUUUGCCUUGGCUCUUAUAGACGACUCAAUUAGGAUAUACACUGCAGGAAGUGCAACGAUACCCACAUUAAAACAUCGCCUGCAGAAGGAUGUGGCCAGCAUGGCAUGGAAGCCCUUGUGUGCGUCUAUCUUGGCUGUGGCCUGUCAGAGUUGUGUCUUGGUGUGGCACGUGGACCCCACUUCCCUUUCUACAAGGCCAUCUUCAGGCUGCGCUCAAAUGUUGUCACACCCAGGUCACAGUCCGGUCACUAGCGUUGCUUGGUCUCCUAAAGGGGGAGCAUUGCUGUCCGCUUCCCCUGUAGACACAGCCAUGUUGGUGUGGGAUGUCUCUACGGAGAGCUGUGUACCACUACAGAGAGUUGGAGGAGGGGGUGUUACUUUCCUGUCCUGGUCUCCAGAUGGCAGCAAAGUGCUAUCUGCUACGCCAUCCUCAGUAUUCAGGGUGUGGGAGACACAGAAGUGGACGUGUGAGCGCUGGCCAACAAUCAAAGGUCGCUGUCAGACAGGGUGCUGGAGCCCGGAUGGAAGCCGUCUGCUCUUUGCUGUGAAGGGAGAGUCUGUCAUUUACAGUUUAUCCUUCUCUGUCUCAGAUGGAGAGACAAAAGCCUGUGUCGGAGGAAGUCAGAGUGCAACAGUGGUCGGCGAUGUGUCUGAAAUAACUUAUGUGAGAGAGGAGGGGGAAGUCAGAGUUGGUGGGGAAAUACAAUCGAUGGCCUGGGACCCCAGUGGAGAGAGACUUGCUGUGUUGCUAAGAGACAACCCAAACGAUCUGACCAGUGAAUCCGUGAUUGCAGUAUACAGGACAAAGAACAGUCCUAUCUUUGAGCUUCUUCCUUGUGGCUUCAUUCCAUGCAGAGAGAAAGAAGAUCCACAGCUCAUGCAGUUUCACCCAUGUUUCCAGAAGGGGGCGCUGCUUUCUGUGCUCUGGAGCACUGGCCGCUUGUCCCAUGUCCCCUUCUACUUUGUUAACGCACAGUUUCCACGUUUCACGCUUCAGCCUGGCACCAUCGGGUCAGACAGUACCAGCACCGCAGCCCCUGUUGUGUCACUUUUUACUAAAACUUAAGUGUUGGCAAAGCAACAUCCUGUGGAGUUUGUUUUGUUGUGGUAGAACUACUCAACCGUACACAUUGUAAAACCUAAAAAUCCUAAUACAGUAGAAUGGUAACAUUCUAAAUACUGCCUGGGGUGAAAGAUUGGAGACUGAGCACAUAUGGCUGUGCUAUUGUCAUACCAAUUCCUAUGAGUCACAUUGGAAUCUAUAAAUAUAUUGGACUUGUUUUUUUGUAAAUCAGUGAUUACUAUAUAGGGAACAGCUACAUGACUAGUACUAAAUACUGAUAUGAUGUAUGAACAGCUAGGAUACGGCUGCUCAUUGUUGGUUACCAUGUCACAGGAUACACAAUACAGUUUGUGAAUAAACUUUCUUGGAAUUUUGUACUCUUA